AUGAUGUUUGCCCAACCGGGGCCGAUGUACAUGGAUCAGCGUAUGCCCGCGCCUACCGCUGAUGCACCUCCGUUUCACGAGACCAAUCCCAUUCAUACUAUCAUAUCCGGAAAUCAGGUUGUCCGGGCAGAGAUCGGGGCCAAAAUCCACAAAGGAUUCUUCCAAGUGGACGAUAAGUGGACCUGCUAUCGGCGGAACUAUUUCUCUAUCUCGUGUUCGUUCUCCUUCAACCAACCGGCCCACGGCCCAUUCUUCCUCAAAUAUGAAGGUCGGAACGAACGGAUUCAUCAAUUCGCCAUGUCAAUAUCAGCCAUUGUGAAUGCACAACAUAACGAAGUCCGCGAGCUUGUACAGCACACGCCGAAACGCGAUAAACAGUCGGAGAGGCCACCGCAAAGGGUGGUAUUGCAGCCUUCGCAAACACCGGGGAUGGUGCCAAGUCUCGGAUCAACGUCUGCAAGUGCUCAACAUGGAUUCCCCUUGAUGUCUCAGUCGAGUGGAAUUGGGAUGGAGUAUGGUACCACGUACGGCGGCGCUCCGCAGCAGCCGCAGCCUCCAACACAACACACUUUUGAGCGCAUUCAAUUCCAAAAAGCGACUGCAAAUAACGGAAAGCGGCGUGCCCAGCAACAGUACUACAACCUGGUUGUCGAUCUUUAUGCCGAAAUCUCAAAUGCGAUAGGCGGAACCGAGUGGGUUAAAAUCGCGCGUAAAUUGUCAUUUCCGAUGGUUGUUCGGGGACGUUCACCAGGCCACUAUAAAGAUGGUCGGCGAGAUAGCUCGACGAGCAUGGGGCCCGACGGUGGGAGCGGAGGGGCUGGAGAUGGAGGCGGAGGAGCUGUUCUUCCUCCGGGGCUCGGACAAACUUCGCGCUCGCACAUUGCCCUCUUGCCGUACGACUCGUCUCAGCGUGGCGGUCAUAACUACGGCAGGUCGGAAUACCAUCAAAUGACGACGGCGGAUCACUCACCCCUCAGUGCAAGCCCUCACAUUUCAUCCUCAUCGUCCUCCACAUUCGACAUUGGCAUGAUGAGUGAUUCUCUAGAUCCGAUGGACUCGAUAAAAAGCACCCCAAGCAUCGAGUCUUAUCAGGACUCAAAUUACGGGAUGAUGGAUAUCCGAAAGGAUAGCCACUUUCGCAAUCAUCUGCCGCCACCUUACGAGUUCGAUCCGGUUUCUCGGGCGAGCGAAAGUUCCGACACGAGCUUUUCUGAGGCCUACGAUCCGAUUGCGUCUUUGGUCUCUAAUGACCCAGGAGACUCCCAUUUCCUCAAACAUCCGCCGCGCUAUCAUCACACGAAUCCCAACGGCUACGACACCAUUUACUCUGCUCGAUCUGGGAAUGGUAGUAGUGGGAGUAGCCCAUACUACCGGCUUCCAACAUCGCAGAGCCUUUGCACCUGA